AGCAGCACCAGCAUCUCCGCUCAGCUGAAAUAGCCACUGGAGAAGGAGGGAAGGAGAGGGGGUAGAAGAGGACAGGAAAGAAAGAGAGAGGUAAAAGCGGAGUGUUGUAGCCCACCGUGCUGCGCCGACGUCAAGCUUAGGACAGUGGGGGCAGAGCCACCCCCUGGGGAGAGUGUUCGCAGACAAAGGAAGCUUCAUGUUCAAAGGACCAGUGGAGAACAAAAACGAAGCAGCCAUGUCUGAGCUAGUUCCAGAGUCACGACAAAAGCCAGUUGUGCCGAUGAAACCCGUGGGCAUUAAUGCCAACUUACUGGGCUACAUUGGAAUUGACACCAUCAUUGAGCAGAUGCGCAAGAAGACCAUGAAGACAGGCUUUGACUUCAACAUUAUGGUUGUAGGUCAAAGUGGGCUGGGAAAGUCUACGCUGGUGAACACCCUCUUCAAAUCCCAAGUAAGCCGCAAAUCUUCAGGCUGGAACCGGGAGGAGAAGAUCCCCAAGACAGUGGAGAUCAAAGCUAUUGGACACGUUAUUGAAGAAGGUGGGGUCAAAAUGAAGCUGACAGUGAUCGACACCCCAGGAUUUGGAGACCAGAUCAACAAUGAGAACUGCUGGGAGCCUAUUGAGAAAUACAUCAACGAGCAAUAUGAAAAAUUUUUGAAAGAGGAGGUGAAUAUUGCAAGGAAGAAACGAAUUCCAGACACACGAGUGCACUGCUGCCUCUACUUCAUCUCCCCCACGGGCCACUCCCUGCGGCCCUUGGACCUGGAGUUCAUGAAACAUCUCAGCAAAGUAGUGAACAUCAUCCCGGUUAUUGCCAAGGCUGACACCAUGACCUUGGAGGAGAAGACCGAAUUCAAACAAAGAGUGCGCAAAGAGCUAGAAGUGAAUGGGAUCGAGUUUUACCCCCAGAAAGAAUUUGAUGAGGACUUGGAGGAUAAAACAGAAAACGACAAAAUCAGGCAGGAAAGCAUGCCCUUCGCAGUAGUGGGCAGUGACAAGGAGUACCAAGUGAAUGGCAAAAGAGUCCUGGGCAGGAAAACACCUUGGGGAAUCAUUGAAGUGGAAAACCUCACUCACUGUGAAUUUGCCCUGCUUCGAGAUUUUGUCAUUAGGACUCACCUUCAGGACCUGAAAGAAGUGACCCACAACAUCCACUAUGAGACCUAUAGGGCCAAGAGGCUGAAUGACAAUGGAGGGCUGCCCCCCAUGACCUCUGAGACAGAGGAAAACCAUGAAAGUAACCUGUGAAUGACACCCCUGACAUCACCUGGUGUCUCUGGAUACAACAACCCACCCCUGCUACCCCUGGCUCUACCACGAGCCUGUCUCUGAAGCGUGUGGAGCAUCCUCUGUGUGUGUGAGAGGGUGCGUGUGUGUGCGUGUGCCUACCUGUGUGCCAGAGGGGGACCAAAGGCAUCUUCUCUGCCCUUCCCAAACUGUCCUCAUUCUCGGUUUGUAUUUUGCACAGUGGACUGUCUGUCAUCUUCCUUUCUCUCGUUGCUGUGUCUCAGCUGUGUGUCUUAUCUGGGGGAAGUAGGGGUGGGGGAAUAACUUAUGGGGGCAAGAGGGCUUUGGAAGUGGGAGGUGUGGGGCAUGCUGGGGUCCUGUUUUUAUUCCUUGGGGAUGUGGCACGGAGAGACUCUGGGGCAGAUGGCAGAGUUCUUUGUGGGUGGGAAGGUAGCUGACUGCUCAGGGAGGAUGGUGGCACAGCAUUUUAUCUCAAUUUUUUGCUGUGGCUUGCAAAGUGAAAUGGCACCUUGGAAGUGAAUAGAUGAGAGAAGUGACAGAUUGACAGGUUUUGUGGUUCAGGGAAAGUGAGUGGUAGAAGGAGGCAGGUUGUGAGCUGUAGCAUCUAUCUGAGAAACAUCAAAGUAAUUGGGGGAAAGAGCCAUAUUUUCCAGAAUUAAAGAAUAAAAGAACACCAAGAUGUCUUCCUUGGUGUCCACUGGUGAUGGGAACACAAGAAAUACCUUCUCCUCACCAAAAUAUCUAUGUUUGUCACUCCAGCAGCCCCAGCAGCCCCAGCCUGUGCUAAUCCCCUGCCCCUCAUACAGCUCUCCUGCCUCCCAUGUCCUCUCCUUUACUUUUGUCUUCACUCCCUUUUAACCCUCUAUAGCUUUCUCCCUUUCUCUCCUUAUCUCACUUUCUCUGCUCCCAGCCCUUUCUGUCCUUCAAAAUCUUCCCUUUCUGAGUCCUUUCCUCCUUCUCUGCAUUCACCUCUUCCUUAUCAAUGUGCUUUUGUUGUGUCAUAUUGAAAAGCUGCUGUUUCACCUUCACUUAGAGGAAGCAUGGAGAGAAGGUAAAAACCCGUAAGGAGAAAUAUGCAGGGUUUUACUGGAGGCUAAAUUAUAGAUUCAUAGAAUCAUUAUAGUUGGCAAAGACCUCUAAGAUCACUUUGUCCAACCAUCAACCGACCACCACCGUGCCCACUAACCAUGUCCACAUGUGCCACAUCCACAUGAUUCUGGAACAACUCCAGGGACGAUGACUCUGAGAGGGCUCACAACUGCCUUGAGCAUGACAGUCUGCCCUCAUCUAGAAGAAGCAUGUACCCAGCUGCCAGGGGCUGCACCCCAGGAGAACAUCUGGUUGCAUUAGCAGCGCACAUGCAGAAGGUUAUGGUGUGGGAUGAUAGUGCUGCAAGUACAGGAAGUAUGUGGGGUUGGGAGGAGGCUGGAAAGGCUGGCAUGACUGAAGCAAAGCCUGAGGUUUGUGGACAGAGAUGUUCAGGGCCAGGAUGAGAUCGAUCCAAGUGUUGCGGAACCAUCUAGAAGCUCGCGUUCGUAUUGUGGCUUUCUGUGGUGCUGUCUUUGCAAAGCUAAUGUCUCUUCCAUCCCACUCCCAUCCAUCCACACACAUCAGCUCUUCUCAGCACUGCCAGGACACGAAGGUCCUCCCAGUCUUUCUCAUCCUUUUCCCCCACCACAUUCAUAGCAUUUAGUGCUUCACGCAGCCUCGUACCCACUAUCCCACCUCAGCACCAGGCUUCUUCAGCCUUGACAAGAACUUUGCUCCUCACUGCUAUCUGCAGCCACCAUACAGGCCUUGCAGAGGUCACGCUGCUACAGACACAUCAGCUGUCAUGGGGUAAGAGCCUCCCAGCUCAUGCCACCAGCCAGCCACUUCAGCUCUCCACAAUAUAUCACUGGAGCGUGAUGGUCACCAGACAAGAGAUGUCGCCGUGUCAUCUGCCAUGAUGCCAGACCCAGUCAGGGCAUGGCAGAGAGCUGCAACUACUGGCAGCAAAGCUGGAAGUGCUUCCAUGCCUGAACCUUGGGCUGUGGGAUGAAGGCCACGCAGUUUGCUGUGUAUGUGUAAGAUUCUGGGGGACUGGUUGUAAUGAAGUGGUUUUGAUGCUCUGCUCUGUAAUUUCCUACAGUGAACUGUUUUUAAGAGAUGCAUAAAGGCCCACUGAGAAAAGCAAGCUUGGUGUCC